GUGUGAUUGUGAGAUUAUUGUGUGUGAUUUUCAGUAUUUAGAUAUUAAAAGAGAUGUUAAAAAAAUCAAAUGGCUGAUACAUUUUUUGAUUUCGAUACGUCUUUGAAUAAUGGAGAAAACUUCAAUUCUGCAGAUCCUGAUGAGGAUGAAUGUUUAGAAAAUGAAGAGGAAUAUGAUGCUCUGAAUGAUGAGACAUUUGGUGCACUUGAAGAUAUAUCCAUCUUGGAUGAUUGGGAACAGCAGCAUGAACAAUUUGCAAUUGCUGAGAGUUCUAAAAAUUCUGGAAACCUAGACAACUCCAUAUCCCAAAGAGUUUUAGAUGAUUCUGAAGAUCGCUUGUCUUUAUCCAGCUCAGUUUGGUCCUACACACCUACUCCAAAAAAUGGUGAUGCAUUUAACACUUCUAUUUUAGCAUCCUUGCAGAACUCUUCCAAGUCAUUUAUUGAAACACAUGAUAGUUCAGUUAAAUCGUUUUCUGACCUCGACAAUGUCAGGCCUCUGCUACCUGCUCAACCUAAGAAAAUUUGUACAGUGGAAGAAUUGGAGAAGAGCCUGAUUAAUUCAUCAAAAAACGCCAUAGCCCCACCUCAGCAGCAGCAGCAUCCACAGCUGGUUCAACAGCAAGGGCAACCGCUUUUGCCUCGCCCAUUGCUCCCACUACCACCUGGUACUCUCCAGGGGCAUUCAUAUCAUCCAUUAUUGCAGCAAUCGAUUCCGAAUACCAGAAUACCACCUCCGGGCUUGCCGCCGAUGGGCAUCCCGCCGCCUGGUUUACGUCACCUGAACCCCGCUGUGCUGCCGCCCGGCAUGCUGAGACUGAUGCCGCCGCAUCUGUAUCCGCCCCGUCCGCCGGGGUUCGUGUUUCCUCCGGGCGGCCAUCCGAAUCAGUUUCCGGUAAACCACCCCUUCAACUUCCCGCCGCCCCCGCGCAACAUCAACAACAUGCAGCAGCCGCCCCACCACGGCCCCCACAGUCCCCACCACGGCCACCACAGUCCCCAUCACCUGCAUCACCACCCGCAGCAGCAGCAGCAGUUCCAGCAGCAGCGGCAGAGGCACGACAGUACCGGCUACGGUAGACAGUACGAGGACGAUCACGAUCAGAGGGAUCACGAUCAGAGGGACGAGUACGACGGACUGAUGUCGAUGAGGGAGAAACAGUGGUUGCUGAACAUCCAGAUGCUGCAGUUGAACACGGGAACGCCGUAUUUCGACGACUACUACUAUACGAUAUUCAAAGAGAGGAAAACCAAAAGCAAUAAAGAAAAUAUCAAUGAGAGGAAUAUGUAUCAUCAGAAAAGGCAACACCGCAAUAGUGACAGGCAGGAAAAUCAAAAUACUUUGACGCCAAGAGUGUACACACCUUUACAAUUUGAAAAUUCGUUGGGGAAACUUCAGUGUGGAUCAGUGACGGCACCAAGAAAAAUCAUUGACAUGGAUAUCGUGACGCCAGAUAAAGAUGGCGAUGGUACUCAAGUAUCGCGAGAUACAAGAAAAACUAAGCAACUUCUGAUUGAAUUGGAAGCCCUCUAUGCGCUUCUUUUGAAGGCUGAAGAUAUAAAUAAUCCAUUGUAUAUAAGCAAUAUGGAGAAAUUGAGGGAGAUAAAACAAAAGCAAAGGCUCAGGGAAUUGGAACUAGCACCAACACCUGAACAGAAACAGGAAAUCCUGAAACUUUUCAAACUAGAAAGUGAGCCAAUCAUCGAAAAUCAAUAUGAAUACAUUAUGAAGAUUGUUCAUGGGCUGUUUCAAGAAGAAAAGUUUUGUAGUUUCCUCAAUAUUCGUAAAGGCAAGAUGCUAAUUUUAAGACUUUUACUGCAUUUAACGAUGGACAUGUUCCCUUCCCAGCUGAUAGAGUUGUGGAACAAGACCCUGCUCAGUUUACCUAUGGUAGGUAGAAGAGACACGGCGGGGGAUAAUAUUUUACCAAAGUUUUUCCCAUUUUUGAAAAGAUUCGUUCAAACGAGGAAUAUGUCCGAUAUCCUGGAAAUCGUCAGUGGAUUAGUGGAAGUGGUUAAACAAGAAAACAAUAGGAGUACUCCUUUGAGUCACGUGGGCAAAUCACCUCUGUACUUUGUGUUAUUGAAUAAGUUUGGCGUUUCCGCUUUAGUAUCCGUACUAAUACGAGUGGAGCAUUUGAUAGCGACCGAGUCACUGUCGGAGAAACAGCUGAACACUUGGUCAAACUUUUUGUCGAGUUGGGCCCAACAGACGGAGAUGGUGAGCAAAGUGGCAACACCCAUAGAAUUCAUACCCUCGCAGAUAUUCGUCAAACAUUGUGAUCGUUUUGAUAAUUUGAAAACGGACAAACGGUCAUUGCUAGAGAAGUAUUUUGUGGAUACCAAUUCUAAUGUUUGAACUAUUCAUAAUAGUCUUUUCAAGUAGAUAUGGAUUCAAACAGAUUUUAUUUUUCUUAUUUGUAAAAUAUCUAACUUAUUCUUUUUUGUAUUGAAAUGUUGAAUUUUAAAGCGAUAUCAAUGUUGAGAACUUCACGAGUGGGCUGUAAUUCUGAUGUUUUAUAUCUGAAAACGUCUGAAACUCUGAAACAAAAAAUGGAAAGUUGAUUGAAUUUAGUCCUUUUCCAAAGUCACUGAUGGAUUUUGAAGUCUGCUCAUGAUUUGUUAACAAAAAUUUUAGAUUUCUAUGUUAUUUGGUAAAUUUUCUCCCUGUUACCUAAACGGAUGAAAGAAAUUAUUAUAUUUAGUUAUUUUAAAUUGAAUUACUUAUAGGAUAAAAAAUAUCAUGACUAAAAACCAAAUUGUUUGUUACAGAUAUUUUUUGAACAGAAAAUAUUUUUUUUGAUAAUUUUUCAAACGAAUCUGAUAUGUUUUGUGUUUGUGUUGUUAAUUAUUUGUUUAUAAUGUAAAAUCACCAAUAUGGUCAAUAAUUGUUAUGAAGUAAUGAUGUUAUUAUUUGAUUCUGUUUUUUUUAAACUUAUUCCUACCUAUUUCACAAUGCAAAGUACAUAUGUUUUCUGAUUGCAUUGCAAAAUAAUUGACAAGUGUUAUAUUUUCUUAUUCCUUAGUUUUUAUUUGAAGAUAUCGAAAUAUGUUUAAAGAUAUCAUUAUGUUAUGGAUAUUUAAGCUUCUUUAUAUAGCUAGCUUGCAGAUAUAAAAUACAUUGUUUGGCCCUC